UUUCAUUUCAUUUCAGCCCCGCGCCGCAUCAUUUCAUUUCGCUUUGUCACGUUUCAUCUCUUCCUUGACAAAGCGGAGUCCGGGGAAUAAAUUUAAAGAAGCAAGAGGACUGCCUCAUGGCGGACAGAUAAUGCUCUUUCAAUCUUACCAUGAGGUAGCCGGCCCAAACGUUCGCAAUCGUGGUCUUCCCUUGCCCUAUAAACUCGCAGAAUCGAUAUGCAAAACCCUUCAUCGAAAUGCGAACGACGAGCUCGAGCUGAUUCAAGCACUCGAUGAGUACGGCACGACUCACCUACUUGCUCAUGUCACCUCCAACGACCAACGACGAAUCAACCUCAGACGAGGCUCGGAAAUCACAAACCCAGAGGUCGAUUACAAAGUAUUGUCACCCAUCGUGUUCAAAGGUGACAGUGCAAAGCGCGACCUUCAAAAGAAAAUGGAAAAGCUGGCGAAGCAAGGGAAUUCUCGGAAGGAUUUAGAGGAUGGGUUUUGCAGGUGUCUGUACGAAUAUGGACGAUUGUAUAAAAGGAUAUUAUUUGAUGGACUCAACUGUACAGAACUCAAGAUACCCUCAUCUUCGAUACCAAUUUUAUCCUCGACGAAAAUCAUUGCGUUCUCUUUUACUCCAUGGGACAGCGACUGGUCAAAAGUCGCCAGGGACACUAUUUUAGAUGUCGGCAUCGCAUACGCGCGUGUGUCGCAUGCAGAACGAGCUCUAAUCCCCGCAAGGGAAGAUACGGUGCGGAUCAAGAAUGGACAAAACCCAACUUUGAAGCUGCGGCCACACCGGCCUGAAGUCGAUUAUCCAGGAAAUCCUACUCAAGUACAAACGCUAGAGAUCUCGGCACUCAGAGAACGGCUCAAGGGCUGUUUUAGCCAAUCAGUUGCAGAGAAUUCGGCUAUUCUACUGCUGAAUGACGAAGAACGGACGAAAGACGUGUUGAACAUUGUCUUUGGUAUAGAUGUAGGUGAACUCGGAUGGAAACGCGGUUUGAAGGAGCUAUUUGCGUUUGGUGCAGGCGAGCCUUCUUCAAAUGGCCAGUAUCGAAGACCUCGAUCACGAUCUCCUUCAAGGUCACACUAUCGCGGACGGGAACGAGACUACGCCUCUCAUUCUCAGCCUCAAAGACGCCCAAACCAAAUAUAUAUGGUCGAUAUCAAAGGCAUCUACGAGAGACUUUUGAAAACGAAGCUUAGGCCAAAGGACGAGAGCCUAAAUACAAGGAUCAUGGCUAUGAAGAUGGGGCUGUCGAUCUCGGGCGGCGGGGAUUUCGAUGGGGGUAGAGGCGGAUGGAGUGCUGGGCUGGAUGCAGAAAUACUCAUUGAAAUUUUCAACAAAAUGAUUCAUGGUACGUCUAUCGACGAAGAACACGAGGUAUUACAGGCUUUGCCUCUUCCCAAGCUGCCUUCCCGAGCAAUCCCGAGCGCUAGUGGUAGUAAUGAUGUUGGUGCGGGAGAAGACGAUAGUGACGAGGAGAGAGACCCGAACGAUAUCCAACAGAAACCGUUGGGUGGUAACGGUGGGAUGGUAGAAGACGAUUUUUCGGAUUAUGGGGAUUCGGAUGAAGAGUAUUGAAGUUGUACUUGCUGAAAGAAUCGUCAUUUUUUUUUCAAUCGCUCUAAGGCAUGUGCAUGAUUGUCCGUCGCUAUGUAAUUCUCAAAAAAAAAAGGAA